AAUGACAGUUCUCAUACCGUCUGUAAAAUAACAUUUUGUUAUCAAAUUCUCUUGUGCUUACGAACAUUGUUUUCCUGUAUCGCGAUCAUUGUUGCGUCAUAGCAUUGUUAUAUUAUUUUCUGUUUAGUCCUCUGGUUGUCUAAUAUGACAGAAAUGGGCGAGAAGUACAAUAUCAAGUGUCCUGGUGUAAAACGCCUAAUGAAAGAAGCGCUGGAGUUGGCGGAAGCCACUGAAGAAUAUUGUGCACGGCCACUAGAGGAUAACUUGUUUGAGUGGCACUUCACCGUUCAGGGUCCCAAGGGUACCGACUUUGAGGGCGGCAUCUAUCACGGUAGAAUAUUAUUACCUAAAGAAUAUCCUAUGCAUCCACCUCAUAUAAUCCUAUUAACGCCAAACGGGAGAUUCGAAGUGAACAAAAAGAUAUGUUUGUCAAUAUCCGGACACCAUCCUGAGACUUGGCAACCAUCUUGGUCGAUCCGUACUGCUCUUUUGGCUUUAAUUGCUUUCAUGCCAACUCCUGCUGAGGGAACUAUAGGGUCACUGGACUAUACUCCUGCGGAACGAAAAAUUUUAGCUAAAAAAUCGUCAAGUUGGUCAUGCCCUCAAUGUGGGGAAAUAGCAAAGCUCUUGUCAUCAACUGCAGCCAAACCAUUGACAGAGGAAGAGCAGUCGGUAUUAAACCAAAUUGCAUUUAAAGGUGAGGAUGAACAAACACAGAAACCCCCUGAACCUGAACCAGUUCCUGAGCCUGAAGUUCAAGCAUUGGAGUCCACAGAGCCCAGUACUAGCUUUUUAGACCAACUCACAGAAAUCCUGGUUGCUCUGUUGGUUGGUGCCAUAGGGAUUUUUAUUUACCGACGUUGGAAAACAUUUGAACCUGUAGGUGAAACUGAGCUGUAAUACCCAAGUCAAAUCCCAUCAGAUUUUAGGGCCUAAAAACACUUUGGAGUUAUUUUUAUUGCUGUAUAGCAAAAUUAGUGUUUUGCAAAAAUAAAUUAUUUGAUAUAGUACA